CAUAUAAAUGAAACAUUAUUAAAAUAAUUGAACUAUUAAAAUAAAAAUGAUUAAAUUCGUAUAUACGUGCCUUACAAAGAAUUGACUUACUAUUUAUUUAAAGAUACGUAACGAUUUUUCUUGUUAAUAUUUAAAUUGGUAGUGUCAGGAAGUGGCGCGGGAGAAUUUUACUUUGCGAUGUCAAAUUAGAACAAAAUAAAACAAAAUCAAAUAAAAAUCAAUAUAAAUAUUUUUAAAUUCAAAUAGAAGUAAAACACAGUGAUAUUCUUUAUUUGUACUGUGAAUUAUGAACGAAUCUGGAUGUACAAAUUAUUUACGUAACGUUGAACACGUGCGUGAGACAUUGCGUUCUGCUGACAUAGAUGAAUCUGAUCUUAAUGGAACAACACAAAUAUUAUAUCCUGCAGAAGAUCUUUUUUCUGGUCAUGGUAUCAAAUUGGUUGAGCUUGACGAACAACUGCUAGAAAUAAUUAAUAAAGGAGAUAGUUUAUCCUUUAAAGGUAGUAGUAAUGAAUCCGCAGUACUUUGUACAGAAAAUCAAACUUAUGAAAUAAAAGAAGCAGAGACAUCAAAUUCUUUAUUAUUGGUACCUGAUUUAAUGUUAGCGGAUGAUACCAAAAGUUCAGCAGAGCAAGGUAGAGUGAUAAAAAGAUGCUGCGUAAGAGGAAUUUUUCAUACUUAUUAUGAGGUACAUGAAUGCAAACCUCGGGUUGAUAAAAUAUUAACAAUACUUCAACCUUCUUGUUACAAUGGUAAGGAAUAUGAAUCAAACAUAGAUUUAACGACACUUUAUGACUGGGAUAAAUUAAAAAAUGAGAUUCAAGCUAGCGAGGAUGAAAUAAAACAGGCUUUAAAUGAUCAUUUAGUAGUAAUGAUAAACGGUUUUCUUCGAUUAAUAUCAUUUGAAGCAGAGGUACGAUAUGUAACAUACAUGUUAGAUUUGUUUAAUGAUUAUUCGUGGGAAGUAGAUGAAGUCGAUAAAGAGGUCACGUAUGAUUCUUUGAAAGAACUUAUUGCUGAACCUAUUUUUAAUGCAUUGUUUAAGAAAUAUACAAGUUUAAGUGAAAAAGUCAAAGAGGAUGGUAGUUCUCUUUAUAGAUACAAUGAAGAAAAAGUUUGUAAACUUUUAGCUAAAGUUUUUCUUAGUACUAUACCUGUUAAUAAGUAUAAUGAUUUUAUGGAAUCUUGGAAAAUGGGAGCGCCUGAAAAAAUAGUGCCCAAAGAGGAAUACUUAAGAGGAAUUGCAAUUAUUAUUUAUAAUAAGAGUAUUAUGCAAAAAGAAGUGAUAUCUUUCCCAGAAGAGACUUUACCCAAGAAUAUCAAUGAUAGGCUUAAAGAAAUAUUUAAAGUUAGAGAAAAGUGGACUCUGGAAGAAAUAACUCCAUAUAUAUCGAAAUUUGAAACAAAUAAAAUGAACGUAAAUGGUUUAUUAACUAAAUAUGCAAGAUGUUCUGUGCAAACUGGUGUUAAAUAUUAUAGUUCAAAGCAUGGUAAAUAAAUAUGCAGCUUUCAUAAUAUUGAGAAGAUAUAGUAAGUUGGAAAAUUUAUUAAAUAUAUAUAUACCUGUAUCAAAUUAAUGAAUUACAAGACUAUUAUCACAAAAGAUAAAA